AACAUGGCCGCCACGAGGUUGAACGGCAGCUACUGUUUUUGUUCAGGUCGUUACUAGUAGUUACCUCACCAGUGGACUGGUAAAACAGGAGACGGCUUAGCUCGUCAAUAACGAAUUAACCAUGUUCGUACGCCGAAGACGUGCAGUGUAAAUGAUACCGUUUUGGAGAGUGACAGUGAGUUAAGUACUAGGAAAGGCGAACUGCCAGCUGCCUGGGGGGGCUAACAGACACACUGACUGACUGGACCAGAGAGACACGCGAUGUGGGACGCGGAGGAAAGUUCGAGCAGUGACUACAGGCUCGUGCGGCGUCCCGCGGCAAGCAGGAGCCACACGGUCGACGCGAACGGCUUUGAGUUCCCAAAGGAGGACGACGAAAGUGUCCAGUUCGACACUUCUGAUGCUGCUGAAAACGGUGAGGUUCUGAAGGCUGCCAAACAGUACCCAUCCAUUCAGGAGUUUGCUUCUGCUAUUCCCAACCAUCUGCUUCUGGGAUCUCUACUAGAACACUUGUGUUGUGUCUAUGAAAAAGAUCCUCAUCGCUCACGUACACUCUUCAAGGUGAUCGGUCAGCGGCUGGCAGCAAUGAACCUGCUGUCUCCACUGGCCAUUAGUGAUGAGUUCAGCACAGUGCGACUGCAGCACAACAGGGCCUUCACAGAACUCUUGCAUGCAGCCAGUACCUCCCUCUUCCCCCAGGAUCAUAAAUACUUAAAUUCAGAUGCCCAGGGCCUUAAAAUGAGAUCAAAAGAUGGCCUUUUCCAAGCACAGACCUCUCGUUACCUCAGUGAAUUUGAGGAAAUCUGUAGACUUGGCAAAGGAUCUUAUGGAAAAGUUUUCAAGGUAAUAAACAAACUGGAUGGCCAGAAUUAUGCAGUGAAGAAAAUUUUGAUCAAGAAUGUUACAAGAGAGGACUGUAUGAAGGUUUUGAGGGAAGUAAAGGUGCUUUCCAGCCUGCAGCAUGCCAACAUUGUGGGCUAUCACACUGCCUGGAUGGAGCAUGUGCAGCCUGCAGUCAAUAGCCAAAAAUUUGUCAGCUCUAAUCUCCCAGCCUUAAAAACAUCAUCUUUAAGAGAAAACCAUGAUGAAAUGAGCGUGGGCAGUAGUAGUGGAUCAUCAAUAGUCUUUGAAGGCUCAGACUGUCAAAAGAGUAAGACACAAUGUACAGUGGCAGAGUUGAAACAAAUGGAUUCAUCUAAAAAAGCAUCAGAAACCACACCAGGUAAAAGCCAAGUGAUGUGCCAAAAAGGCAGGCCCAACCUAGAAGACUUUGUCCCCUGUGUUUUUUUGGGAACAUCACGCACGGCAGCAGCUGCCAGAGCGGGCUGCUGCCCCAUGCCCAGCUGGGAGAGCUCCAUGCUCACUGAGGAUGACUCAAGCAGGAGCAAUCUGGAGUUAAACAACUCCUGCUUCCGAAUGGAUGGCCACCGAAAUAACAGGGAGGUGCAGUUCCACCUCAUGCUCUAUAUCCAGAUGCAGCUGUGUGAGCUCUCUCUGAGGGACUGGAUCUUGGAACGAAACAGCAGGUUCAGAGAGGAGCAGGCAUCUUCAGCUGAUUCCUUCAUGUGUGUGAAUACAGAAAAAACGUUCAAAAUUUUUCGGUCAAUACUGGAAGGAGUGCAGUAUAUACACUCCAGAGGAAUAAUGCACAGAGACCUUAAGCCUAGAAACAUUUUCCUUCAUGGACUUGACUGUCAUGUAAAGAUUGGAGACUUUGGUCUUGCUUGCAAAGAUAUAAUUGUGGAUGCUAUCGAGCAUAAACCUCACUGCUCACAGAACUCUGGUUCAUCCCAUACUACUGGAGUAGGAACAUUUGUCUAUGCUGCACCAGAACAGCUAGAGGGCUCUCAUUAUGAUUCAAAGUCUGAUAUGUACAGUGUGGGGAUGGUUGCAUUGGAGCUCUUCCAGCCAUUUUGGACGGAGAUGGAACGUGUAAAGACACUUGGGGAGCUGCGCAAGGGGAAGGUCCCAGAUACCUUGACCCAGCGCUGGCCUGUUCUCAGUCAUUACAUCUGCCUGCUCACCAGCCCAGACCCUUCACUUCGGCCUACUGCAGCCCACCUGCUGCAAAGCAAGCUCUUCAAUAAUACAGAGGAGGUUGUCUAUAGCUUGCAGAGAAAAGUUGAGGAGCAGGAGGAAGAAAUUGUGCAACUGAAGAGGCAAAUUAGUGAACUGCAGGAGCACAGCAAGAGCACGGUGGUUUAGACUUUACCACAACUUGAAAAGAAGUGUGCUGAAUUCAGACCAGUUGUAAAUGUAAAUAACUAAGUUUAAAUGGUUACAUGUAGCAGAAUGACAUUCUCUGUAUUAACUGUGCCAAAUUGCCUUUUUAAAGUGUAAAAUAAAUAUUUAAACUUGAUCUUAUGUAUCUCAACGUUUACUUUUUUUAAUCAAAGUUUUUAACAUCUUGAAAAUGGGUACAAAUCAAAACUAUAUUCCAUAGAGUUCUUCUUGUUGUUUUAUGUCUUUCAAACAUGAAGGAAUGGAAUGUGAAUUGCAUGUGAAGGAUUUCAUGAAGAGGCUGCCAACAGAAUUGCUAAAGGGUGUUCCCUGGGAACUGUGUAAUAAAGAUAUGAAACGGCUAGUGGUGAAGACUAACCUUUGGAUCACUUAUACAGACUUCCAAACUGAAAUAA